GUCCUGCGCAUGCGUGAUUUCUGAGCCGUAAUUGCAUCCUGAGUGUUGUAGAAAAUCCGCUACAUGACACGUGAGAUCAGAAAUCAGGAAAGAUGCGGAAAGACGUGCGGAUUUUACUCGUCGGAGAGCCCAAAGUGGGAAAGACGUCUCUGAUCAUGUCGCUGGUCAGUGAGGAGUUUCCUGCUGUAGUUCCCUACAAAGUGGAGGAGAUCACCAUCCCCGCUGACGUCACUCCGGAGCGAGUUCCCACACACAUCGUGGAUUACUCAGAAGCCGAACAGACGGACGAGCAGCUCGAUCAGGAGAUUUCCAAGGCCAACGUUAUAUGCAUCGUGUACGCCGUCAACAACAGGAAGUCUCUCGAGAAAGUGACGAGUCACUGGAUUCCUCUGAUCAACGAGAGGACGGAUAAAGACAGCAGGGUUCCUCUGAUCUUGGUUGGGAAUAAAUCUGAUCUGGUGGAACAGAGCAGCAUGGAGAACGUCCUGCACAUCAUGAACAAAUACACAGAGAUCGAGACCUGUGUGGAGUGUUCAGCGAAGAAUCUGAAGAACAUUUCUGAGAUGUUUUAUUACGCUCAGAAAGCCGUCCUUCACCCCACAGGGCCACUUUACUGCCCCGAGGGCAAACAGAUGAAGCCGGCGUGUGUACGUGCUCUCACGCGUAUCUUUAGGAUAUCAGAUUUGGAUAAUAACAGCAUCCUGAGUGACGCUGAGCUCAACUUCUUCCAGAGAGUGUGUUUCAGCUCACCACUCGCUCCUCAGGCUCUAGAGGACGUGAAGAAGGUGGUGAAGAAGAACAUGCCUGAUGGAGUGUGUGAGGAUGGACUGACUCUGCAGGGAUUCCUUUUCCUCCACUCGCUCUUCAUCCAGAGGGGGCGUCACGAGACCACGUGGGCGGUGCUUCGCCAUUUUGGUUACGACAAUGAUCUGGAAUUACAUCAGGAUUAUCUUUUCCCUCCAUUAAAAAUCCCAGCAGACUGCAGCACUGAGCUCAACCACAACGCUUCCCUGUUCCUGCAGAGCGUCUUCGAUAAACAUGACAAGGAUCAAGAUGGUGCUCUGAACCCCAGUGAGCUGAAGGAGGUGUUCGACGUUUUUCCCUACAUGCCUUGGGGUCCGGACGUGAAUAACACUGUGUGUACGAAUGAUCACGGCUGGAUCACGUAUCAGGGAUUCAUCUCUCAGUGGAUGUUGACCACGUAUCUGGACGUCCAGCGGUGUCUGGAGUAUCUCGGUUAUCUCGGUUACUCCAUCGUAGCGGAGCAGGAGUCGCAGGCCGCCGCCAUCACAGUGACCCGCAGUAAGUGUGUGGACCUGCAGCAGAAACAGACUCAGCGCUGUGUGUUUCUCUGUAACGUCUUUGGCAGCAGCGGUAGUGGAAAAAGCAGCUUCCUGCAGGCAUUCAUCGGACGCAACCUCAACCAUCAGAAGACAAUCAGAGAUGAACACAAAUCGCACUACGCCAUUAACGCGGUACAUGUUUAUGGUCAGGAGAAAUACCUGCUGCUGCAUGAAAUCUGCUCAGAUCUGGACUUCCUGUCUGAGUCUGAUCUCUGCUGUGAUGUUGUGUGUCUGAUUUAUGACGUUAGCGAUCCCGACUCAUUCGACUACUGCGUUCGAGUGUUUAUGCAGUGUUUUGUGGACAGUAAGCUGCCCUGUCUGAUGGUGGCGAUGAAGUCCGACCUGCAGGAGGAGAAACAGCAGCAUGAUGUCACACCUCUGGAGUUCUGCAGAACACAUGUGGUUCCUCCUCCACAAGCGUACAGCGUGAACACGGUGACCACGCCCAGCCGAGACGUCUUCAUCAAACUUGCUACCAUGGCAACGUACCCUCAUCUGCGUCUGCGUUGCAUGUGUACCUGUAACAGGUGCACCUUCUGCCUCUGUCAGAACUUCCUGAACUCAGAGGUUCUCCACGCUGUGAAAGCCAAACUCUAUACACUCGUCUUCAGCAGGGUUGUUCCUCAGGUGGAUGUUUGUGGACCGUUGUUGUUGUUGAAGGUCGGUUGUGGUGCAGCGUUACUCGCUCUACUGGGCUUCAGUGUGCACCGAGUGCUAAAUAAACCCCGGUGAUACACACAUACACACACACACACACGACUGAGUUACUCUUUGAGAUAAAGUUGUGAAGGUGAUGAGGAUUAAAGCGUUUUAUCCUCUGAAUGCAUAAGUUUUUGUUUUUAACAAAUAAAUAAAUACAAAAUAAAACAUACAUUAAUUAAUUCCUUCUGCUGAAGAAACACAUUUCAUUUUCAUGAAUGAAUUUAGUUUUAUUAAAUCAGCACAAAAACUUUACAGUUUAAAAAUUAAACAACAAUAAAAAAAUACAAUAAAUAUUAAAGCAGUUUGUAAUAAAAUGUAUUUUUUUCUGUAAUUUUACAGAAUAAUCACAAACUCAAAUUCUCACCACAAUUCCUGCCGAGACACGUCACAAAUCUAAACUCAAAUCUAAACUCAAAUCUAAACUCAAAUCUAAACUCAAAUCUAAACCUUAAUAAAAUAUAAAACUUAGUAAAAAAGUAAUAAAAGCAGUUUGUUUAACUGAAUGAAUUGAAAGAAACAGGUGAAAUAAAGUGCAAACCCCAGAUCUGAAACAAAGACACACACACACACACACACACACACACACACACACACACACACACACACACUCGUGGUUCACUCACAUGGGUGUGACUUUCCGCAUGUGUCCUGUUUAUUUCAUCACCCCUGAAAUUUGUUUUCGAGUCUGAACUCUUUCUUCACAGCAGAAAAGCAAAAUUCUGACAAAACUCACUUUAAAACUAUUUUUUAUAUAUAAAACAUUUAAUAUUAAAACUGGGAAUAAUGAAAACUUAUAAAGAAAAAUAUUCAAAAUGUAAAACAAAAAAAU